AUGGAAAGCACAGCGAAAGCAAAUAAAAAGGAUGCUCAAGAUGCGCCGCCGAAAGACGCGAAGCUGCCUACCAGUGAAGCUCUUCUAGACUAUCACUGUCAAAUAAAGGAAAAUACAGUAGAACGUCUCAUGGUUCAGAUAAAGAGUCUUAGAGAAAAGAACCAAAAGUAUCAUGAAAGAAACGGACGCUUGAAGGACGAGCAGGUCUGGCACAUUCGGAACCUGCUAAAGGAGCUGACCGAGGAGAAGCCAGAUGCCUUAAAAGUUGUAACAAGAGAGGAGGUCGAGGCGGCAAUGAAGGAAAAGUGGAAGUUUGAAAGAGACCAGGAACAAAACUUAAGAGAUAUGCGCUUGCAAAUAAGCAACACUGAGAAACUAUUUCUCGAGAAACUCAGCGAGAAGGAAUAUUGGGAAGAAUACAAGAAUGUAGGGAGUGAGCAGCAUGCUAAACUCAUUGUCUCCCUACAGAAUGACAUCAAUAAAGUUAAAGAGAAUGCAGAGAAAAUGUCAGAACAGUAUAAAAUUACUCUGGAAGACACUAGAAAGAGAAUAGUCAGAGACAUGUUGUUGCAACUGGACCAAAAGAAGGAAUGGGCCACAGAGAAUGCAGUAAGGCUCAUCGACAAGGGCAGCUGCCGAGAGAUCUGGGAGAACGACUGGCUGAAAAAGGAGAUUGCAAAUCACAGGAAGGAAGUUGAAGUAUUGGAAAAAGCUAUUCACGAACUGGAAGAAGAAAAUUUGGUGCUCAUUGAUCAACUAUUCAACUGUAGACUUGUGGAUCUCAAAAUACCCAGGCGCCUGUAUCUUACCCAAGCCGCUGGGCAGGAAGAGCCGCCUGAAAAAGUGCCAGAAAUACGUACAGAAAAGUCAAAAUCAGAACCCGUAGAAGUAGAAACUAGAGACACGGAGAGCUCAUCAAUUGAGAUCGGUGCUUUACCCCUUAGUCAAGAGGACAGCAUCAUAUCUGACCAGCAGCUAAACACAGACAGAGAGAGCUCAUUUACAAAGUUUGUGGCUUCUGACAUGAAAUAUUUACUCUAUGAGGAUGAGCAGGAUUUCAAGGAUUAUGUAAACUUGGGCCCCCUAAAAGUGAAGCUCAUGCGUGUGGAGAGCAAGAAAAUGCCAAUUCAUUUUCAAGAGAAGGAAGUGCCCGUCAAAUUCUAUGAAGAUGCCAGCAGCCCAGAAAGCCACAUCACGUAUAAAAUGAUGAAGCCUUUUCUCUAA